AAAGUUAACCAUGUUAACAAUAGGCACAACUGACAACACUAAAAUUAGUUUAUUAUUAAUAUAUAAAUGAUAUCUGGAAACAGUUCAUAGUUUAUUGUUGAAAUUACGCGUCGGGUAAAAACAAAAGUGAUUUAUACCGAAAUAAAAUGGUGAAAAAAAGUGAAUCUACUAAAAGAAAACGCGGUCACACUUAUGUGCAAUGGAUGGUAGCCAUAUUAGCCAACACCACACUGCUGACGUACGGGUUGCAGGCCGGUUGGAUAUCGCCGAUGACCAAAGUCCUCAAGUCCGCGUUAUCACCGACCAAUGUGCCGUUAUUGGACGACGAAAUAUCGAUGAUAGCGAGCAUGAUGUGCCUGUCGGCUAUAUUCGGCGCGUUCGGCUACGCGUACAUAGCUGACGCCUACGGAAGGCGGGUGGGCGUGAUAUCCAUUGCUUUAUUGCAAGCGAUAAGUUGGAUCAUAAAAAUGUGCUUUCCAUCCAAAACUGGCUUGCUAAUAGCCAGGAUAGUCUGUGGGUUGCCUGCAGGGGGAUGUUUUAAUAUCAUACCGAUGUACGUGAAAGAGAUCAGCCAGGAUGACAUGCGCGGAAUUCUCGGCUCUCUCCUAAUACUCAUGCAGAAUGUGGGAGUAUUAACUAUGUAUGCUAUAGGGUCGUAUUUGGAAUAUCAGACUGUGUUGCGGAUAGCGUUGAUAGUUCCUAUAGUCACAAUUGUAUUUAUGCUAAAGGCUCCUGAAUCUCCUGCGUUCCUGGUGAAAAAGGGGAUGUAUGAGGAAGCCAUCUCAACAGUAGCACUCCUCAGAGGUCUCGAUAUGUGCGACAAAGAGGUACAGAACGAGAUAAUUUCAAUGCGCAAUGAGGAAGCUUCUUGCCAGUCUUUGCCCAGUGUAUCUUACUUGAGUAUACUAAGAAAUAAAGCCUGGCGCCGCGGAUUCGUCCUCAGCCUGGUCAUAAUGUCCAUAUCUGCGUGCAACGGUAACUUCGCUAUAGUAACCCAUGCGGCCGCCAUCUUGUCCACAUCGGGCGUUGGCGUCAGCCCAGAGUUGCAGACGCUGAGCUUCCCAGCGGUUCUGCUGCUCGGGUCCUUUCUGUCAAUGGCGUGUGUUGAGAGAGUAGGCAGGAAGGUCAUUUUAUCAACAGCAUUCUCAGUAGCGGCUGUGUCCUUGGUGACCGUGGCUUCCUGUCUCCUUCUGGAGGGUGUGGUACCAGUCUGGCUACCGAUCCUGGCUAUAAUACUGUCACUAUGCGCGUACGCAGCUGGAGUGUCUCCCAUACCGUAUAUAAUUAUAACAGAGAUGUUCAACUUCCAGAUUCGCGCCAAAGUGCUUGGCUUCGUGGUGACAUACUCAUGGUUCAUGUCAUUCGUCCAAUUGGCUGCGUUCGCGCCGAUGUCCGCCGCGCUUGGCACUCAUUGGACAUUCUACAUUUUCGCGGGCAUCAACCUUCUCGGCGCUGUUGUCAGCCUGGUAUUCCUGCCCGAGACUAAAGGGAAAAGUAUUGAAGAUAUCGAUUUGAUGCUGCGCAAAAAAUAAAAAAAAUACACAGAAUAACUGGAGACGAGGUAGUGAGUGGGGAAGAGGAGCAAACUAUAAGAGCAUAAACAUUAACGGUGUGAAUUAAAAGUAACUCAUAGAUAUUAUAAUUACACAAAUAACCGUUAAAAUAUGUACUACUACUAGUUAGGUAAGCAAUCUAUCUAUUAACGAUAAAAGAAUGUGUUGACGAGGAAUUAUUCAUUAAAUAUGAACUGUUUAAUAAAAACAAAAACAGGAUUUGUUUUAUAAAAAAAAUAAA